AUGGUUAAUAACGAUAUCACUGUUACUGUCGACGAUGACUACAAGCAAAAGCACGGAAAGGCAAGAUAUGAACAAAAGGAAGUCAAGGAAUUUGAUGAUAUGAAUCUCAAGGAAGACUUGUUGAGAGGAAUUUACUCUUACGGUUUUGAAAAGCCUUCCAUCAUCCAACAACGUGCUAUUUUGCCAAUCACUACCUCUGAACCACCAGCAGAUGUUAUCGGUCAAGCCCAAUCAGGUACCGGUAAGACUGCCACCUUCACCAUUUCCAUGCUUCAAAGAUUGAAUAUUUCUCCUGAGGCAACACAACCACAAGGACUUGUUUUGGCUCCAACCCGUGAGUUGGCACAACAAAUCCACAAGGUUAUCAUGUCCUUGGGUGAAUAUAUGAAAGUUAAGGUUCACGCUUGUGUCGGUGGUACUAAAGUACAACAUGAUAUUGCUAUUCUUGAGGAAGGAGUACAUAUUAUUGUUGGUACUCCUGGACGUGUCUUCCACAUGAUUCAAAGCGGACACUUGGAUGUUAGCGGUAUUAAAAUGUUGGUCAUUGAUGAAGCCGACGAAAUGUUGAGUCGUGGUUUCAAGGACCAAAUCUAUGCUAUUUUCAAGAAUCUCCCUCAAGAUAUGCAAGUUUGUUUGUUCAGCGCUACAAUGCCUGCUGAUGUUCUGGAAAUUACUGACAAGUUUAUGAGAGAUCCAAUCAGAAUCUUGGUCAAGAAGGAAGAAUUGACUUUGGAAGGUAUCAAGCAAUUCUAUAUUAUGUGCGAAAAGGAAGAUUACAAGUUGGACACAUUGUGUGACUUGUACAAGAUUUUGACCAUUUCGCAAUGUGUCAUUUUCUGUAACUCUCGUAAGAAGGUCGAAUUUUUGGCUGAACAGCUCAAUAAGAGAGAUUUUACUGUCUCAUCCAUGCACGGUGACAUGGAACCUAAGGAUCGUGAAUUGAUUAUGCACGAAUUCAGAACUAGUGCCUCUCGUGUUCUCAUUACCACUGACUUGUUGGCUCGUGGUAUUGACGUUCACCAUGUUUCCCUUGUCAUUAACUAUGAUUUGCCACGUCACAAGGAAAACUACCUCCACAGAAUUGGUAGAUCCGGAAGAUAUGGUCGUAAAGGAGUUGCCAUCAACUUCAUCACUAAGGAUGACAUUCGUAGCAUGAGAGAAAUUGAAAAGUUUUACAGUACCUCCAUCGAAGAAUGUCCUCAAAAUAUCCAUGAACUCAUCUAA